AUGGAACAAUCUCUUUUGUUCCGGCUCCCGCGUGAGCUACGCGAUGAGAUUUACAAGUACGCGCUGUAUCAUGCUGGGGGGCUCCUUUACACCAUCGGCAAAAACGGUGUGGGGAGGCUUUGUAGAAAGGCAAGGAACAACUCGAGCCGCAAGAGCGUGCUCGCAAAACUUUACGACCGCUCACGUCGCAUCGCAAAGGCGCAGGCACAGCGCCAUGGUAUCGACUACAAUCAACUAAAGCAUGUGUGCAGACAGCUUCGUGAUGAAUCGUCUGCGUUGAGUCCCCACGGUAACGUGGUAUUUACGAAGGGCUCUUCGACAAUGAAUGCGUUCGAGCAGUGCCUAAUCCUUUUCCAACAAUUUCCAAAGGUCCGAUCAGUUGCAAUUAAGUGUUGUGAAUCCUUUGCAAGUGAGUCAUCCCAGGGCAAACUCUUUGAGACUAUCCAAAAGUGUGCGGGUCACGCUCGUGUCUCCGUUAGGGUCCACAUCCCUCACUGGUCUCUCGCAGAUCCAGACUUUAUCUUCCGCGGACUUUUCUAUUUAUACUCGCUUCGAAACGAUGCUACACUCGUGUCUCGUCUUGCAAGAGUCUCCCCCGUGACGUAUCUGUCCAAUUCUGCCUCGGAGAUACUAACAGUGGACCGGCCGAUACCAAAGAAUGUCCGAUUCUAUCCAUGGAACGACACGUUCGAUCAGCAAUUAUUCGAGCAAAUUCGUCAGAAGCAACUCCUUUUUGAGCACCCCCAAACCCAGGCAGCUAUCGGGAACAUAGAAGGCCUUGCCCGCGCCUGGAUCGAGAACGGGUUGUAG